AUGGCCAAAUCAUUACCUGUAGUAGCCCAGGAAGAUUUGGAUAGCUUUACCUUGACCAGGACAGGCUCAGGCUUUGCACUCAGAGCCUUUCAUAUUUCUUGGAACACUCACAUCUCGGUGAAGCUGCUGACCAGCCAGGACACUACAGAGAGAGAGUGGAACUUGCUACUUCAGGAUAUAGAAAAUGUCAGACACUGUAAGUCUGAACAUCUCCUGCCUUCUCUUGGGAUUUACCAGUACCAUGGACUUGUGGGGAUAGUGACCGAAUGGAUGAACAACGGAUCCCUCCACUCACUCAUUCAUGAGCAUCAACUGUACCCAGAACUUCCAUUUCCCUUACUCAUAAGGAUCCUGUUGGAUGUGGCUGAAGGUCUGCAUUACCUUCACAGCCUCAAGCCUGCUUUCUGCCACUGCAGCCUGAAACCUUCAAAUGUGCUUUUGGAUAUGCAGUACAGAGCCAAGAUAUCAGAUUAUGGUCUAACUAACUGGAGGAAACAGCAACUGAGGUCAGACCUGCAGAACUGCAAUCAGAGAAACUGCCAGGACUUAGUGUACCUCCCUCCUGAAAUACUUGAAGGAGGCCUUCCUUCCCAGGAAGGUGAUAUUUACAGUUUUGGAAUACUGUGUUGGGAGAGCCUAAGCAGACGGAAACCUUUUGAAGGUCAAACAACCCUGCUGGAAGUUUUGACCGGAAUUCACAGCAGUUUGCGGCCUGGCAUUUCAGAAAAGUUUAUACCAAGCAAUUUGCCUGAGAGGAAUAGACUGUUGCACAUUAUCGCUCUGUGCUGGCAUCAAGAACCAGAUUAUAGACCACGUAUUGCAGAAUGUGUAGACCUUCUGAAUGGAAUUUUGACUAAUAUAAAUAAAGAGGCAAUUUCCACUGCAAUCUACAAUCUGAUGGAUGCAAAGGAGACAGCACUUAAUGCAUGCAAAGGUUCAGAAAUGUACACAUUGCAGUUGGACAUAUGCAAUUCAGAGGUCAUCUGUUCACCAAAGCCCAAACACGUAAUCAGCAAGAAAAUUCCUUUUGCAGUGCCAAGCUUGUCAACUAUUCUACUUGACAGCAGUGCAAAUAAUGCAGGAAGAGAAAAUAUUUUUGAGAUGGGUCUGUCAAAGUCUAUCCCAGAGAACACAAAAACAAAGAAAGAUCACCCAGGCUCUGACAGUAGAAAAUCAAAUUCCUUUUGCACAAUUCCUUUAUCGGGUUCAACUACAGGCAAAGAAAGCCGUAAGCAUACGGACCCACCACUGGCUUUUGGGCAGAGACCACAACCUAUGCAUCCUGAACGUGCAGUGACAGAUCCUUGCUGCAAAGGAAACUGCUCUCAAGUACUAGCCUGCCAGAGACAGACCAUACUGAGCUGCAUGACAGAGGGACGUCUCAACCACAUCCUCGACAUCCUUCGCUCACAGCAAACGUUGUCCCGAAUGGAUUAUGAAACAAUUACCUCUUACCCCACAGUGACUGGCCGUGCUCGGGCAUUGUUGGACACUUGCCUUUGCCUUGGAGAGGGUGCAGCACAGGUUGUAGUGACUGCACUUUCAGUGACCAGAAGUAGUCCUCUGGGACGAGGCAGCCAUUGCCCAGACUGUCCUUCUAAGGUAAAUAGGCUGCUGUUGUGA